GGUUCCAUGUUUCCAGUAAAUGUCGGAUCUUGGUCUUAGGGGUACUCAAGUACACUGCAGGCUUCACAUUAUUUUCAGUGCAAGGGGUCAAAAAGUUUCAAAGACUACAAAAAGGAAGUGUGCCUUCAUGAGUUUUCUGACCACGUUAGGUGUUGGGGUGGUGGUGGUAGCUGUUCUCCUGGGGAUUUAUGUGAACUUCCCUCCCCCUCAGCUCUCACCUCAGCUGCAGCAGUGGAAAGACAGAGGAGAAUACCACUCAUUUAAGGGACAUCAGAUAUUCUACAUAGAUGAACGUGGCGAUGCUAAGUCAAAAGAAGUGUUGCUUAUGAUGCAUGGUUACCCCACAAUGAGUUACGACUUCUCCAAAAUGUGGAAGGACCUGAAAGGAGAGUUUGGUCGUCUGAUUGUUCUGGACUUUCUAGGAUUUGGAUUUAGCGAUAAACCGGCUGGUCACAACUACUCAGUGAUGGAGCAGGCAGACAUUGCUGAGCACUUGAUGGGCCACCUGGGCAUAGAUACUGUACAUAUACUGGCACAUGAUCUGGGAGAUACAUAUGCACAGGAGGUACUCAGCAGGUAUGAAGACAGACUGAGAGAUGGCCAAGAUGGUGGUCUUGAAAUAGAAAGUGUUUGUUUGAUGAAUGGAGGCAUGUUUCCUGAAACUAACCACCCCACUCCAAACAUGAAGUUGAUGCUGAAACCCUACUUGAAAUAUCCAAUUGGAAUGUUUUCCAAUAGAUUUAUGUUUAAAAGAGGCCUCAGCAGUGUGUUUGGUCCUAAUACUCAACCAACACCUGAAGACCUUAGUGACUUUUGGGCUGCCACCAGGUACAAUGAGGGCAACUUUGCUCUACCCAGGUUAAUUGAUUACAUCCUAGAGAGGGCAGCCAACAAAGACAGGUGGACAGGAGCCUUACAAAAUACCAGGCUUCCAAUUCAUGUGAUAUAUGGACCAGCUGAUCCCAUCAACCCGCCGCCUUUUAUUGACUUUUACAAAAAAACAGUCCCCAGGGGGAGUAUAACAGUAUUAGGUAAAGACAUCAGUCACUAUCCCCUCUGGGAGGAUCCACAGGGGGUGUUUGCAGCUUAUAAACAGUUCAUUGAUAAAGUGAGAGAUGAAAUGUGAAACAUGGAAUAAGUGACCUAGUAAAGGUUGGCAGGAUUGGUGCUGGGAGACUUUGGAUUUGGAUUAUCUUGGCACAUGCCCUCUUCAUCUUGAGAGGGUUGUUAUUAUUAUUAUUUCUUGGCACAUGCAUUCUUGUUUGUUUAUGAGGUGUUGAAUAAAAACUGUGAUUUGUAGAAAAUUAAGUUAAAAAUAGUAAUUAUUUGAUGGAAUUAAUGUUGAACAACCGCAGUCAUUCCUUUCAUUUUCUUCGUUUAAACUUUGAAUUGAAACAGACAAAGAAAAGGUUGUAUGGGGCCAACUUAAAUGUUUCUGAAGAAUAAUGCGUAGACUAAACGUGUUAAAUGUAUUUGAUAAAUGCUUUUGCUUGGUGUCAAGUAUCAUAUUAAACAUAUUCUAUUUAGAUAGCUCAAAGCAAUAUAGAAGCAUUGUUACUAAGUCUAUUUGUUGAGGAAUUACUUUUUAAGACAGUGAUAAUAAAAGGAAAUGUGAAAUGUUGCAUAGCAGUAAAUUGGUGCAAUUUCAGUGAUGCCAAAAUAUACAAGAGAACAAGCACUUUAUGAAAUUAUGAAAAUUUAUUAUGUCAUACUUAAUGACAUAUAUAUAUAUGUAUAUAUAUAGAUGUACAUGUACUCCCAAAUGUGACCAGCACAGGAGGGUAAAGCAUUGUUCUACUACACAGUGUUAGUACAGGUAGAUGUGAGUUGAAGUAGAAAAGAUCAACAUGAAACUCUGAUCAUUUACAUUUGUAAUAGUAUAUAAUGCAUAAUAUAUUUGAAUAAAUUCAGAAAAGUUAUUUCAAAAACAUGGACAUGUUACAUUUGUAUUUCAUUGAAACAAUAUGUAUUUUAUUGAAACAAUAAAGGAGAAUUGCAUCAUAAUUUCUGGACUGAUUUAUAAUUGUGUUAAGUUGCACUUGUUGCUACUUAUUGCAGCUAUUUAUGUAGGGAAGAUUAAAUGUUAAAUUUACAGUAUGGACUAUUUUUCAGCAUAAAAAAUGAUUCUUUUGUUUUUUAACCCGAGGCCAAUUGUAAAAUUUUCCCACUAACAAUAUCAAUACCCAAUGCUUUAUUUUGUCCAUGUGAAAAAAAAACUACUUCUUCAAAGUUAAUGUUAACCAACUUCUGAAUUUUGACUGGCUCAAGAGGGAAUAUAUAAUUAUGUAGUAUGCAUAACACCCAUUCCUGUAAUAAAAUGUAACUAAGCCAUGAUUUUAAAUAUUACACUUUCAAAUUACACAAAGUGUAACAAUUUCUAUAAAAAAAAAUACAUUCAGAUCCAUAUUUUGACAGCAAUUUCUAGGAAUGGCCCAUAUUGUUCAUUAAUUUUCAUAAAUUCUAUAGAAACUAAAUUAAACUGUACUUAGUUAAAUAUUGCAUUCAUGUUUUGAAAUAAGAAUAUAUCUUUGUGCAGUUUUGAAAAAAA